GGCCACUGGCGGAUCUUGGGCUUCGGGUCCCACCCGCCGCGUUUCCGCGCCUUUCUCUGCCUCUCAUCUGUCUUUCCCCAGCUCUGUUUGGUCUCGGUCGUCCCGGCGGUCCGGGCCCGAGGCGCGAUGAGCGGCGACUGCACCGGCUACUUGAGCGCCAAGCAGGAGGUGGUGCACGGCUUCAGCUGCCCGCGCCCGGGGGGCGAGGUGACCAACAUCUUCUGCUGCGGCUUCCGCGACCACAAGUACUGCUGCGACGACCCGCACAGCUUCUUCCCUUACGAGCACAACUACAUGUGGUGGCUCAGUGUCGGUGCUCUGGUGGGCCUGUCCAUAGCAGCAGCAGUCCUCCUGGCCUUCAUUGUCACAGCCUGUGUCCUUUGUUACCUGUUCAUCUGCUCAAAGCCCCGAAAGAAGCUGGACCCAGGCUUAAGCUUACAGAUGACAGGCCUCAAGGAGGUGCCCCCUGUCCACCAAGGCACGAACACAGGCAUGGUGAUGGAGGUGCGGGGAGAGAGCCCUCUUGGGCACAAUUACGGCUUGAACCCACGGCUGGAAAGCAAUGAGAGAAGGGCUUUGAACUCCAGACGGCUCUUCCAGCACUGCUUUAUGGCCACAGUGACUGCCAGUGAUAUUCCAGGCAGUCCUGAGGAAGCAACUGCCUCCAACCCAGACCCAUGUGGACCAGUCCCGUAAACACCUAAUAAAUGUGUCUACAUCAUCCCUUCUGGAGUCUCUUUUUAGUCAAAGGUGGGAGUAAGAUGACCAGAGGGUCCUUGGAGCCUGGCAGGAUAAAUGAGGUCUUUUUCGAGCAAAGGGACUCAGGUCCUGCUGUGGACCCAGCUACACUGAUCCACUGACCCAACUGAGUGCUGCAAAAAAUGGCCAGUAACAACUCCAUACAAUCAGCGAGACGCCUGGGCCUGUGGUGGCUCAGAGAGCCCCUCUCCUAACUGGGGAAGUCAGAGAGCUUUGACUCGGUUUCCCCACCCAGAGUAGGUAUAUUUAGGAACCUCUAGAAAAGGAAUCAGCUCUCAGAAGGGGAUCCCUGCCUCUCCAGCAACUCUGCCCCAUCCUAGCACGAGCUGCUGCUCACCGAGGAACAGAGAGGGAGGGUAGUGUGCACAGCAUUCAACCUUUGUCUCAUUUCAUAGUGGAUGAAAGAAUGAAUGAGUGAGUGAGAAAAUGAAUGGUUCACAGGCAAAAGAAGCAGGCUCCACAGGGUGGACUAGGCCAAUUCCCGACACUUGUGGCCUUGCUAAAGUCCCUUAGUCUUCCUGAGCCUCAGUUCCCUUGUUGGUUUAAUACAAAUGGUUAAUAAAGUGAUGGAUUUGAACUCACUUUGUAAACAUUAAAAUGCUGAAAGAAUAUUUAAGUCACAGAUGGAUGUUUUUCCGUAUAACAUAGUCAUGAAAAACAGGAGCUCUAGAGCCAAAGGCCUGGUUAAAAUCCUAUCCCUGCUAAGUAGCCUCUGUGCCUCGAUUCUCCCAUCUGUUCAAACAGGGAAACUAGUAAUAUUCACAUGCCAGGGCAUUGGGGAGGAUUAUGUUAUUUAGUUCACUGAAGUAUUUCAGUCUUGGCAAACCAAAGGUACUAUGUGUGAGCUAUUAUUUGUUCCUAACAUUUUUUAUUAUUAAGGCAAUCUCCCGGCUGCUAUCCUAACCAUGGAAAAAGCUUGAGGCUUUGCCUUGGGAGCUCAAGGCAAAGGGUCAGGGGACUCGGCAGCCACUGAAAGCAGCUCUUGGUAUUUCAGACAGUGACAUGAUCUGCUGCCAGAUUUGGCACCAGAGAGAUGGUCACUCAUAGAUGUUUGUACACAGGUACUGAGCCAGCUGGAGGCAGAUGAUAGGGUAGGAAGGCAGGGUGAGCUGCCCACAGAAGCAACCUGGGAUGGAAGUCAAAAGACCUUGUUUUGAACUCACUUUCUUUGGGGGGGGUGGGGGGGUGAUCUUUUAUUUUCAGCACUCUAAACUCUGUACUUUUGUCCACUGAUGGCACUUGUUACAGGUUAGGUUCAUGCACUUAUGUGUGAUGGCACGCCACUGACCAAAUCAAAGGAGGCCAUAUAUUUUGCUAAAAAAGGAAAAAGGAUUUAUAGAAAGCUAGCCCCGAGGAGAUGGAGAGGCCCAUUUGCCUCAAAACCACCAUCUCACAGUGUGCAGGUGGGUAAGGGUCUUUUAUAGCAAGGAACAGAGGGAAGGGCAGCAGAGGAACGCUGUAGAUCUCUAUGGUGUGUUAGUUUCCAGCCGUCUCCGGGCCAAUGGCCCUUUCCUGUGGACAGAAAAACUAGGCUCCUGCCUCCUGGGGUUAGCAUCUUGCAUAUUCUGCCACUUCAUCAGAGCUGAGGAGAAGAGAGGUUGUUGGUUAUGUGCUCAGCAACAGAAAGUUUAGAGAAAAUGCUUAUCUCUACACAAAAAGUCUAACUUUUAAAAUUCAUUUUACAGCACCACUUACACACUCAGUGGCGUCUAUUCUAUGCCAGGACCAUGCAGGCUGCCAGAAAGGCUCACAUGAGCAUGAGGUGGGCAUAGAAAGGCAGAAGGCCUUCUGGUGGAAUCUGUAUGCCCAAGGGAGGAAGAAUGGAGUCUGAGAUGAGUCAUCAAAGAUGAGUCAAAGUUUCCAGGUGAGACAGGGUUGGAAGACAUCAUGGUCAGGGUACGCCCUGUUCAAAAACAGUGCAGAGAGCCCAGCGCGGCCCUGAAAACCCAAGUCACUUGUUGUGAGAGCCCUUAGGGUACUGUGUGUACAUGCGUGUGUGUUGUGUGUGGGGUGCUGGUGGUGGGUGACAGUGUGGGUGGUGUGAUGCACUGAUGCUUGAUGGUGACCUUUCACAGGACACACUUCUUCUGUGUCCUUGGUACCCUCCUCAGUAAGAUUCGAUUUUUCUCUGUA